ACCCUGACCGAGAAUGACGCAAGAAACCGUUAAGAUUGCUCACAGCCAGCCAGAGACGUCAGAGUAUAAAGCUGACUGCCGUCGACGGUCUGUCUCCAAAUCGUAAUUCAGCAACAACCUAGAUACUCGCAAUGGCUCCUUCUACUAUCUCACUCGCCCCUUCUACGGCCACCGCCUCUGCCACCGAGUCCACCAAGCUCAAGACCACUCCAACUCCCACUCCCACACAAGCCGUCAACACGCUCACCGCGCCCCUCCCCUAUCCACCCGCCUUCUCCCCGCUCCUCUCGCACCCUCACCACGAGUCCACGCCCGUAAUCGGCACGGAGUUCAGCGGCGACUUCCAGCUCUCCUCAAUCCUCAGCUCCCCCACCUCUCUCCAGCACCUCGCCUCACUGAUAUCGCACCGGGGCGUAGUCUUCUUCCGGGGGCAGGAAAUAACGCCCUCGCAGCAGCGGGAGCUGGUGCAGUCCCUCGGCGAGCUCUCGGGGAAGCCGGCCACGAGCGGACUGCACAUCCACCCGCUGACCCGCGAGAACGGGAAGGACGGCGACCACAUCUCGAUCAUCAGCAGUGAGGAGCGGAUCAAGUAUGAGAAUGCGCGGAAGGAGCGCGAGCGCGUGCGUGAGCUCGGGUGGGAGAAGGGCGAGGAGUCGCAGUUGGCGAGCGUUGGUUGGCAUGCGGACAUCACCUUCGAGAAUGUCCCCAGCGACUACGCCACACUCAAGGUGCACACGCAGCCGGCCACGGGCGGGGACACGCUGUGGGCCAGCGGCUAUGAGGUGUACGACCGCUUGUCCCCGUCCUUCCGCGCCUACCUCGAGACCCUGAGCGCCGUGCACAACGCCGAUCGCUUCAAGGAGGUUGCUGCCGCGCGAGGCCACACGCUGCGGAAUCAUCGCGGCGCCCCGGAGAAUAACGACCUUGAGCUGACUGCCGUGCACCCGGUAAUCCGGACUAACCCCGUGACGGGCUGGAAAAGCGUCUUCGUCAACCGCUCCUUUACGAAACGGAUCCUGGGCGUCUCCAUUGACGAGAGCGAGCUGAUCCUAAACCACCUAUUUCGGCUAGUAUCUGAGAACCACGAUCUGCAAGUCCGGUUCCGGUGGGCGCGGUACAAGGACGGGGAGACGGGGGACGUUGCCGUGUGGGAUAACCGGAGCACCUUCCAUACCGCCACGGACGAUUAUAUCGAGACUGGAGGCGUGCGCAGCGGGGAUCGCGCUGUAAGUCUGGGUGAGAGACCGUUUUACGGUGGUCAGGGCGAGCGGAGUAGAGGCCGCAGGGAGGCGCUUGGAUGGAGGGGCGUGGAGAGGAUUUAUUAGAUACAUCUUGGGUAGAGGAGAUUUCUGUGCGAAUAAAUAAUGAGCUUGAAAGUUCUUCCAGGCGGGUGAAUUCGAAGAGGGAUUUCCGCAGCUGCACCGUGAUGCCGUAGUUACUCAUAGUCGUGUGGUUCCACGUAGAUAGCGCUUGUAGUAGUCGCGCCUAUCGCCGGUAAUCGCGUGAAUUGACGUCGACAGGCGAAGGUAACCGUAGAAGACCUCAAUUAAUCGGGAGCGAGGUAACUCCUCGGGACGACCGAACAGGCCCCAGGCAUAAAGUGAUCAUAAUUCUGCCCUUGA